CUGCGGUCUUGAAUUUUGAAGAGCUCGUCUCUGCAUCGCCGACACCUUCCCCAGACCAAGAUCACCAAUUGUGUCGAUACCGGUCCAGCCGCCAAGAUGCUUAUUCCCAAGGCCGAUCGCAAGGCGAUCCACGAGUACCUCUUCCGUGAGGGUGUCAUGGUCGCCGCGAAGAACUAUGAGACGACCCACGAGAUCGGCGUUCGCAACCUCUAUGUCAUCAAGGCCCUCCAGUCCCUGAACUCGCGCGGCUACGUCAAGACCCAGUUCUCCUGGCAAUACUACUACUACACCCUCACCCCCGAGGGUCUCGACUACCUCCGGGAGUGGCUGCACCUCCCCGCCGAGAUCGUCCCGGCUACCCACAUCAAGCAGCAGCGGUCUCACGCCCCGCCCCGCGGCAUGCUGGGCGAGGACCGCGGCGAGCGGAGGUUCGGCGGCCGUGGCCGUGGCGACCGUGGUGACCGGGAUGGCGGCUACAGGCGCCGUGACGCUGGUGAGGGCAAGGAGGGUGGUGCCCCGAGCGACUUCGCUCCUCAGUUCCGUGGCGGUUUUGGUCGUGGCCGUGGCGGCCGUGGUGAUGCCCCUCCCUCGUAAAGCGGACGGCGGAUAAUCUCUCUAUCUCUUGGGUUGCCAGCAAACGGCAUAACGGCAGGGCACGACGUGUACUCGAAUGUCUCUGGGGUACUAGGGUCGACCGGCAAUGCACCUACUCGCCAGGACCGUGAGUGGUUUGCGCGUGGAGUUGGUGGUUAGAGAUCAUUCGGAAAACUUCUGCAUUCAGGGUCAUCAUUUGCGGUCAAUGCGAUUUUUCUCUCACUCGGUCGCUCGUGGUGUCUGUCGUAAGCGGCGGGCUGGUCGCUGGAAUUGAUGAGCUUACGAACAAUCUGAGAGGGAGGGCUCUUAUCGCUCAAUUGAACGCACCCCGGCCGGUGUGCUAAGUGAAAUCGAGUCGGUGGCGCCGUUGAGAUCUCACCAUCACAAGGCUCUUCUUUGUUCAGGUCAUAGAUGAUCACAGAUGAUGGCGUGAUUGAGUCAGCUCCGCCCGCCCCGAGUCAGCAGGCGAGUCCUGUAAUUUGGUUCUCUAGGAGAGAGAAACAGAUGUACCAAUCCUG